GACAGGGUAACCAGCUAAUUUGUGGUGUGGUCGUCGUCUAUCCACCGGAAGAAGUUGAGUUCUCUUUUCUCCACCAACUCGGCGAACUUAAGUUCCGCUCACAAUCUUCUGGGGGUAUUUUCUAUGAUGGGAGUUUAUAGCUGUAACGCAGUGUUGAACACCGUCUUCCCCUUUGUUGGUGGUGGUGGAAGCCACUAUAGGCUCUACUUUAGUCCAAAAACCCCAUUCUCUGUAGAAGAAUCUCGUCGUCGUCGUUUUAGUUGCAAAUGUAUGAUGGCUGGGGAGGUUGUAGACAAGGAAGAAAAGGGCCCUAGAAGAUUCAAUUGGGUUGGUCUUACAGAAGAACAAGAGGAGGAGGAGGAGGCAAUCACUCGGAUUCCAGUUAAGAUGUCAAAACGCUGUCAAGCGCUUAUGAAGCAGAUAAUAUGCUUCGAAAAGGGUAGCAGCUUUAGCGAGAUGUUAGGUGCUUGGGUUAGGAGGAUGAAACCCAUUCGAGCUGACUGGCUUUCCCUUCUUAAAGAGCUCACCAAUCUUCACUCUCCCUUUUAUAUCAAGGUGGCUGAAUUUGCGCUGCUCGAGGAUUCCUUUGAAGCUAACCCCCGCGACUAUACCAAGAUCAUCCAUCACUAUGGGAAGCUUAACCAAAUUCAAGACGCUGAGAACACUCUCGUUUCUAUGAAAAACCGAGGCUUUCUCAUUGAUCAGGUCACCCUAACUGCCAUGGUUCAGUCGUACAGCAAGGCAGGCUACCACCUCUUGGCUGAAGAAACUUUCAACGAUAUCAAAUUGCUCGGGGAACCACUUGACUAUCGAUCCUAUGGUUCCAUGAUUAUGGCCUACAUCAGAGCUGGCACUCCCGAGAAAGGAGAGGCUUUGCUCAGAGAAAUGGACUCCCAUGAUCUCUGUGCCGGGAGAGAGGUUUACAAGGCCUUGUUGAGAUCCUACUCUAUGUCUGGAGAUCCCCAAGGAUCCAAGCGUGUUUUUGAUGCUCUUCAGAUCGCGGGGAUCACUCCUGAUGCAAAGCUAUGCGGUCUGCUCAUUAACGCACACAGUGUCUCGGGUCAGAGCCACAAUGCGCGUUUGGCUUUUGAGAAUAUGAGAAAAGCCGGAAUCAAAGCUACUGACAAGUGUGUGGCUCUUGUGCUCUCUGCAUAUCAAAUGGAAGAAAAGCUCAAUGAGGCGUUAGGGUUCUUAGUUGAGCUUGAGAAAGACUCCAUCAUGGUUGGGGAAGAAGCUUCUGCUGUGCUGGCUCGGUGGUUUAAGAAGCUGGGUGUUGUUGAAGAAGUUGAGUUACUUCUCAGGGAAUUUUCAUCCCACAAAACACUCUGACAGACAGGCUUAGGAGAUUGAUUGGGAUUCACAUCAUCAUGCUUGCAAACGAGAUGCACAAUCUGAUGUUUCUAUCUAUACAAUGGUUCAAUAUAUUAUCUAAACCAAUACACUUUAUAUACAUGUUCCAUCUAAUCUCAUGUUCUAUUUAUUGUC